AUGGCACGUCGUCCAGCCAGAUGUUACCGCUACUGCAAGAACAAGCCAUAUCCCAAAUCCCGCUUCAACCGCGGUGUACCCGAUCCUAAGAUCCGUAUCUUCGAUCUUGGCCGCAAGAAGGCCAAUGUCGAUGAGUUCCCUCUAUGCGUACACAUGGUGUCCAACGAGUACGAACAGCUGAGCUCUGAAGCUCUUGAAGCUGCCCGUAUUUGCGCCAACAAAUACCUCGUCAAGGUUGCCGGUAAAGAAGGUUUCCACCUCCGCGUCCGCGCCCACCCGUAUCACGUCGUCCGUAUCAACAAGAUGUUGUCGUGUGCUGGAGCCGAUAGACUCCAAACCGGUAUGCGUGGCGCUUUCGGUAAGCCUAACGGCAUUGUCGCUCGUGUCAAUAUUGGCCAGAUCCUCCUUAGUGUUCGCACCCGUGAUACCCACCGUGCCACCGCGGUCGAGGCUCUCCGCCGCUCCAUGUACAAAUUCCCCGGUCGCCAGAAGAUCAUCGUCAGCAAGAACUGGGGCUUCACCCCACUCAGAAGGGAGGAGUACAUCCGUCUCAGACAAGAGGGGCGUGUUAAGAUUGAUGGUGCCUACGUGCAGUUCUUGAGAAAUAAGGGCAACAUUGAGGAGAACAUGAAGCGAUUCCCAGAGGCCUAUGAGAAUCUGUCGCAAGCAUAG